AUCAGUGUUCGCCAAUCUCGGAGCUUAGCUCGGCCUUGCAACGACGUACGCACGGCAGCCCGGAAAGGCAUCAAAACCUGAAGCGUAUCACCAGCCGCCAGCCAUUUAUCGCUGUUUCUGAGGAUGGCCGCAACACAGAGCACACGACAGUCUUCAGGAGGCUCGGACUUUGAGUACCUGACCCCAAUUGGCUUCUCGUACUACGCAAGCGCCUCCUCUCUGAGUGCUGCGUUUUACCAGACACUUCUCAACAGAUGCUGGAGACGGUCAGGGACUCUCUUAUACCGACCGAACCAGCGCGAGUCGUGCUGUCCUCAUUAUACAAUUCGCCUUGACUCAAACGAGUUCAAACCGUCGAGGACGCAGAGGCAGACCGCCAACCGCUUUAACAAGUUUGUUCUAGGCGACAAUUACAUCAAAGAAAGCGCCAGGCUUCAUCCCCGAAGCAAGGCUGAGGCCAAGAAGAGAGAUAAUGAGUAUGUCUUGGCAGAUCGCAUCCAUGAAGCAGAGUACGAGCGCCUCGCGACGCCGCCAGAACCAGCCCAUAAGCUGGUGGUGACUCUGGAAGAAGACAAUUUCACAGAGGAGAAGUUUGCUGUGUACAGCAACUACCAACAGGUCGUCCAUAAGGAUCCACCCGAGGACCGCACAAGGAGAGGCUUCAAGCGCUUCCUGUGCAGCUCACCCUUGCGACGCGAGAAGUAUGUCGACCCGGAUGGUCGAGUGCGGCAGCUAGGCUCGUACCAUCAAUGCUACCGGCUAGAUGGGAAGCUCGUAGCUAUUGGGGUGUUGGACCUGUUGCCUGACUGUGUCAGCUCGGUCUACUUUCUCUACGAUGAGAGUAUUCACAUGCACUACCCUGGAAAGCUCGGUGCGUUACACGAAAUCUCCCUUGCGCAUGAGAAAGGGUACAGGUGGUGGUACGCUGGGUUCUACAUCCACAGCUGCCCCAAGAUGAGGUACAAGAUCGACUAUGCGCCCCAGAACAUUCUGGACCCAGUGUCCUUGAAGUGGAGUCCCCUCGACGAGGAGAUGCUGGCACUUCUAGAUCAAAAGCCAUUCGUCAGUCUGUUCCUGGAGCAACAACAAAAGAGCAAGGCUGGCGAGCCUGUUUCUGAAGGACUCGACAGUGUGUCCAAGCGCCCGGUUACUUUGAAAAGGGGAUCAAAGGAUGAGGAAGGUGAAGACGACUCUGACACAUCCUUGUUCCUGUCUCGCAUGCCUGGAAUCGCUCCUCUUGCAGAGAUGAAGUGGUUGAACCUGGACAACAUCGCUAUCAAAGUCAGCGUGGCCGGGCCGUUGUACACUACGUCUGCUCUUGUGGCAUGGGAACGAACGAGGGUCGAUCAGUGGCCGGGGAUCAAGGCGGCAGUGGCCGAGCUCGUAGCAGCCCUGGGGAUAGACUGCGUGGACGUGUUGUGUGUGGAUCUGACACGAGCUUCAUAGGGUAAAUGCGCAGGUUUAAGGCUGUAAAGAGGAAUUGUACAUACAUACCAUCUUCUCAUAAAGAGAUGGCCACAUGUCACAAGCUUUGGCUCUUGUGAGAUUGAGUGAACUUCCUCCCACGCCUGAUACCGAUAUUUGCCGGCUCCUAGGAUAAAAUGGCACAGAGAUGAACGUCGUUCAUCAGGCACCAUUCACAUGAGAUUACCGUAUUAGACAAACUUGGGCACAAAAUAACCU